AAAAGAAGAAGAAGAAGAAGUAACUGAGGUAAUGCAGGCUAGUGUUCCACUCAUGGGGCUCCCAGUUGGCAGACAAUCCUCUGUCCUAUAUCUUUUCGUGAUUUAUUGAUUUCAGACAACGAACGCCGCAGGAGACAUUUUUUUUCCCAGCGGAGAGUAAGUGGGGCUGCCAUCAUUUGGGGAUGGCUUCAGACACACCUUCCCAAAACCAUGGCUCCAAGGGCAUCAUGACAUUUUACCCCACUGCUGAGGAGUUCAAGAACUUCAGCCGCUAUGUAGCAUAUAUGGAGUCCCAAGGAGCACACAAGGCAGGCCUGGCCAAAGUGGUUCCACCGAAGGAAUGGAAACCCAGGCAAUCAUAUGAUGAUAUAGACAAUUUGGUUAUUCCUGCACCCAUUCAGCAGGUGGUGACAGGCCAGUCUGGCCUUUUCACUCAAUACAACAUCCAGAAGAAGUCGAUGUUUGUCAAAGAGUUCCGCAAGAUUGCAAACAGUGACAAAUUCUGUAGCCCUCACUAUGAUGAUUUUGAUGAACUGGAAAGAAAGUACUGGAAGAAUGUGACAUUUAAUCCUCCCAUAUAUGGGGCGGAUGUCAGUGGGAGUUUAUACAAUCCCGAGGUCAAAGAGUGGAACAUUUGUCAUCUGAACACCAUUUUGGACACGGUGGAAUCUGAAAGUGGCAUUACGAUUGAGGGCGUUAAUACACCCUACUUGUAUUUUGGCAUGUGGAAGACCACCUUCGCAUGGCACACAGAGGACAUGGACCUCUACAGUAUCAACUACUUACACUUUGGAGAGCCCAAAUCCUGGUACUGUGUCCCUCCAGAGCAUGGGAGAAGAUUUGAGCGUCUGGCUCAAGGUUUCUUUCCUGGUAGUGCUCAAACUUGUGAAGCCUUUUUGAGGCACAAGAUGACCUUGAUAUCCCCCUCCAUACUGAAGAAAUAUGGCAUUCCAUUUGAAAAGAUUACUCAAGAUGCUGGUGAGUUCAUGAUUACCUUUCCCUAUGCCUAUCAUGCUGGCUUCAACCAUGGUUUCAACUGUGCGGAAUCCACCAACUUUGCCACUGAGCGAUGGAUAGAGUAUGGCAAGCAAGCAAUUUUGUGCUCAUGCCGUAAGGACAUGGUAAAGAUUUCCAUGGGCGUGUUUGUCAAGAAAUUCCAGCCAGAUCGCUAUGAACAGUGGCUGGCUGGGCGAGAUACAGCGACCAUUGACCACUCACGGCCCACCCCAGAAGCAAAGGAGUUUUUGGGUGACUCCUUUAAUAUUACCAGCAACGGUAGUAGUUGCUCCAUGGAGAGUGGUCAGGAUGAUGGAGUGUGGAAGAGCCCUCCUCAAAGAAUUGAGACCAAGAGACACAGGGUGUGUCUGGAGCUACCCGAGGAGGUUGUUCCCGAAGAUGAAGAUGAAAAUGGGGAAAUGACGCUGUAUGCAAAGCGCCCCAGGCUAAAUCUUUUACCACCGCGUACUAUGCCACAAGAUGGAAAGAGAAAUAAAGGCCCACCAAAGUUGGUUGUCACGCCAACCAAGCUUACUUUGAUGGAUCCGUUUCACAGAAGCUUAAGCACGAGUGAUGCAAGCCGCCCGCCUCACUACACAAAAACUCGUGCACCUGCAUUUUCUUCCCAGGCUCAUAAUGGUCGUCUGUCACCUGCAGCAGGGCAGCCUGUCCGGAAAAUGGGUGUAGCCAGCUUGCUCUUCCAUCGGACGGUCACGCAAAAAGAUAUCCUGCAAGUUCACAGUUACCCCCGAGAAAAACAGCAGCUUCCCACUCAGCUGCAGGUGCACAGCUACGCCAAAGAGCAUCAGCCCCGUCUUCUUCAGCUCGGAGGCACCACACAGUCACACUUGCAAGUUCGAUCUUCAUCCCAGUCAUCAGGCAGUGGAAAUAUGGAACCAAGGCCAGAAUUUAGAAUGUUUUUCACCAGUGGAACUGAACGGUCUGUGGAAAAAGACAAAGACGAGAACAAACCCGGUGUUUCAGUGACUGUUGAUGUUCAGGAUGCAGUUGUGAAGGCCAGCGAUGAGCCUGACUACAUAACGCGACCCACUCAGAUCAACAAAAUAGAGCCCCCCACAAACCAAAAUGAAAUAAAGAGUAGCCAAUGCCCUCUUACGGGUAGUGGCAUUGUCAUCUUGAAAGACUCCAUUCCUGUCAAAGAGCCAAUGCAAGUGAAAGUGUCAGAAGAACAAUCCUACUGCAUGUCAUUAAUUACCAAGCAACAGCAGGAAGCCCAGCUCCGGAAACUUCCCCGGCACCACCCUCUCUUCAGAGAGAUAUACAGCGAGGAUGAGUUAUGUACAGAAGAGGAAGUGGAACAAGAGGAGAAAGAGGAGUGGGCAAAGCCGCUAAGGCAACUGUGGCAGUGUCGGCCUUUGAACCACCAGGUGGAGUGGGAGUACAACAAGAAAAUGGGCGAGCAGGCGCCUUAUUGCUCCAUAUGCCUGCUUUUCCACACCUACCAUCAGUCUGAGGCCAGCGAUGGGAGUUCUAAUGUGACAUUGGUGAACCGUCAAGGUCGCCAGUGGUCCAAACCGCUCAUUCCUGAAAUGUGUUUUAACACACAUACCAACAAGACCAGUGACAGCGGAGAGGGACAACUCUCCAACCCUUAUAUCAAAGAGGACGGCACCAGCCGGCUGGUCAGCUGUUCUCGGUGCUGCGUCCGUGUACAUACCAGUUGCUAUGGUGUUAGAGAAGAAGUGGAACUGGAUGACUGGCUGUGUGCUCGCUGCAAAGCUGAUGCUACUUCUGAGGAUUGUUGUCUGUGUUCUCUCAGAGGUGGAGCUCUGCAGAGAGCCAACAAUGACAAGUGGGUUCAUGUGCUGUGUGCCAUCACUGUACUAGAAGCUCGCUUUGUCAACAUCACUGAGCGGAGUCCUAUUGAUCUCUCCGCAAUCCCACUGCCAAGAUUCAGACUGAAGUGUGUUUUCUGCAGGAAGCGGAUGAAGCGGGAGGUGACAGGCUGCUGUGUCCAGUGCUCGCAUGGACGCUGCUCCACUGCAUUCCACCCCACCUGCGCUCAGGCCGCCGGCGUCCUCAUGCACCCGGACGACUGGCCUUUCAUUGUCUACAUCACCUGUCAGAGGCACAAAGCACCUCCUAUAGUUGAGCGUAAUAAAGACUCCAUGAGAGAGCUGACAGUGGGGCAGAGGGUGAUCUGCAAAUACAGAAACGGUCGUUACUACCACAGCGAGGUAGUAGAGUUGACCACAGCCACCUUCUAUGAGGUUGUGUUCGACGAUGGCUCAUACAGUGACAACCUCCUUCCAGAGGACAUAGAGAACCGGGACUGUAUUCGACUCGGGCCACCUGCAGAGGGUGCUGCCGUGUCAGUGCGGUGGACUGACGGGUUGGUGUAUGGGGCAAAGUUUGUGGUGUCCCACUCCAUCCCAAUGUACUUGGUGGAAUUUGAAGACGGGUCUCAAAUUUCCGUCAAGCGAGAAGACAUGUACACGUUAGAUGAAGAUCUGCCCAAACGGGUCAAGUCACGAAUGUCGGUGGCGUCGGACAUGCGCUUCGAGCUCUUUGCUCAGAGUGACGUCAAACAGAGCUCCAAACGACAGCGGGUCAUCAACUCUCGAUACAGAGAGGACUACAACAUGGAGCCCGUCAUUUAUCGAGCCAUCAUGGAGUGACGUCCGUUUGUCUUCACAGCGCAUUUCCUGGUCUGGCUACAGCUGAUUACAAAAACCCGCCCCACACCCCCCUGCACCCCCCCUCCCUCCUUUAGCUUCCAUGGCCUGUCAGGCUUCUAUUUAAAAACUUCGGCUGGGACUUCCAAUGACUUUGGUGUGCAUCAAGUACCAAACUUUCCGAUCAUGCUCUCUAGAUUGUGGUUUCCUUAUGCUUAAUAAUUUAUUUAUUUUUUGGGAGGGGAAGAAGCCAUCAGCCAGUAAUUAAGUAGGUCAAAAUUUGCACUACUUCCUGAGGCAACAAGAUGGGUUUUUUUUCCCCUCUUCCUGUCAGCUAUGUGCAGCUUAACAGACAUGUUGUCAUUAAGCGAUUUUCCUUUCAUUUGGGUGACUUUUUAACGAGAGCGACAUGGACAUUAACUAGUGUGUCGGAACUGUGCUUUAUCAUCUGAGGACUACAAUAACCUUUUGACUUAAGGUCACUGUCCCAUCAAGGUGUUUGUCCAAAGAAAUUAAACAUUACACUAAGUGUCAACAAGGUUGACAUUUUCCUCCCCAUCGUCAGUCGUUCACCUGCAUCUCCAACUGUCAAAAUGGAAGAAAUGUGUUCCUGAUGGCGAGACUCAAGCCUUACUUCCCCGUGUUUACCCCAAAAGCAGCAGAUUUAUUUUGACUAUGAUAAGAGACCGCUUAUUUUAUGCAGGUGGCUUGUUAACUUUGAGGGUGAAAGAACUACUUCAAACUUUUCACAAUCUGUAGAAAACCUCAGAUGUAUUUAUAUUUAUUAAACUAGAGGGUUUUUCAGACA